AUGGGCUCCAGGCGACCAGCAGGCGGUGGUGGCAAGCCCGGCGACGGGAUGACAGGAGGGUUUGGGCGGGAGGAAAUCGCAGGUGGCGGAAUGAGCAGACGGGAGAGAUGGGAGGAAACUUGGAAGCGCACCAUCCACCAGCGCUGGCAAGCAGUAUCCGGGUGCGUCUGCCCAUUCAGAGGCGGAUUCCGCCCGCACGCGCCAGCAUCGCGCCCACUGGGUCCUCCGCGUUUCCUUGACAAGCACCCUGGGUCCAAAAAGAAGAGUGGUCCGCCUUCGCGAGCAGGGCACCCAGGUACCUCGGCCGGUCGCCUGGUCCGCUCGGAAGGCGCCUGCCAGGGAGGCGGGCGCGCGCAGGACGGUGUGCCGCCCAGUACCCAAGGGUCGAGGCGGGAGGGAGCUGGUGGACGCGAUUCGGUGGCUCGCCUCGGCUCGUCGGUACAAUACAUGCCUAGCACGCGCUCAUUUCAAAAAGAACGGCCGUCUUGCCCAAAAUGGAGUCAACAGGGGAGAGCCAUAACCCCUGUCGCCACCGCUGCUCAAGGCCUCGUCCUUGGCGGCCAUGGUACCUUUGUGUCUCUCUUCCGCGUCAUGUGGACCAAAGAAAAACUCGCAGGAAGCCGUAAAGUUGGAUAA